UUAUGUUAUACAGUUGGCUGGGGAACGGACCAGGGAAUUGGUGGAUUUGGAGAGGAACCAGGAAUUAAGUCUCAGCUAACGAACCUGAUUCGAUCUGUAAGAACUGUAAUGCGAGUGCCAUUGAUAAUAGUAAACUCAGUUGCUAUCGUACUGCUUUUAUUAUUUGGGUGAACAACAAUGGGAGAAAUGGAGACCCAGAAGAAGAGAUGCCAGUGAAGUUAUUAUUUCAGUCAUUACUAGAAUAUUCAUUUCUCUGCAGGCUGAUAUUGCACUUGACACAAAUGUAAAAUUGAAAAUAAAACCAGUUUCUAUUUAUCUGAUUUUUUUUUUUUAAAUACUGCACUUGCAGUUUAUUACAGAAAGAUCAAGUCACCAGAGGUAGUAGCUGUCCAAGAUUGAAAUACAUCUGACUGCUGGCUAUUAAUAACAGUUUUUGCUAUGGUAAAGAUUGUUUAAAGGGUACAAGACUGUCUCUCUGGAUUGUUUGUUUGGGUUUUUAGAUGUUUUUCUCUCACUUCUCAGGGAUGAAUUUUUUUCCAAAGUUUUGAAGUUCCUUGUGACUUAGCUGUGAUGUGAGAGUAAUUAUCCCCCUAGAUUAAAUUUAAAGAAUUUUUAAGUAAUUAUCACAUGUAAAUGGUAAAUAAGUAAUUUGGAUAAUUUUAUUUUAAACUGUUGGUUAAAUGGUCUAUAUGGUCUUGUUAUGAAGAAUUAAAAUUUAUAUAUACUAUAAAGGAUAAUAUUCUUUGAUUUCAGGGAAAAUUCUAAUUUUGUAAGUCACCUGAUGAUUGUGGUCUCAAGUUCUUUUUAUGCAUUUUAUUAAUUGGCCUGAAUAAUGAGAUCAAGCCAGUAUCCGCAUUUUCAUUGGUAGAAAAAUCUGUAUAGAAAUGUCUGUACCCUUUUUACAAUGAUGAUCACUUAUUUUAUAAAAUCAGCAUAAAUAUUAGCCUGCAGUAUCAACCCUAAAUAAUCACAACUAAACCAUCCUAUGUAAGAAGACUAUUUAUUGUGAAGCCUUUACCUCCCAAAAUAUUAUUAUGUUUCCAUUUCUUGGUGGAGCAGCACAUUAAAAAGUGUGAUUCUUAAUUCUUCAUUGAGAAGAAUUCUUCAAUAGAGCAUUCAUGCUAGAUGUUGUUUUUUAUUUUUUGUUUAUAUGUCUUGAAUCAUCUUGUAAGGUUGUUUGCUUAUCCCAUAAUAUGGUUUUAUGUAGAAAGGUUUAAACUAUGUAAAUGGUUUUUUGAAAAUUAUCAGUUAUUUUGAAGGGGUGGAAUGGCAUCUUUGUUGAUAGAACUUUUGUAAAUAAAGUUGAAUUUUCAAAUCAA